CCCUGGGCCCGCCUGCUCCCGCCAUCCCUCCUCCCGCGCGCGCUCCCUCCCUUCGGCUCCCGCUCCCCCGGGAGCGGCGGCGGCGGCGGGAUGGCCCGGGCCCGCGGCCAGGCCCUGGGGAGCGGCGGGCGGCGGCGGCCGCGGCGGGGCGGCGCGGGAACCGGGCCCCGGGGGGAGUCGGCCGGGCUGCUGCUGCUGCUGCUCCAGGUGCUGCCGCCCGGGGCUGCGGCAGGGCCGGGGCGCCGGGGCAAGCGGGGCGCGGGCGGCGGCGGCGUCUGCUGGCCCGGCGCUGCCCCUGCCUUUCCCCGGGACGCGCGGUUGCUGCUGCUCCUGCCUCCCCUGCCGCCGCUGUCGCCUCCACCGCCGCCGCCGAGCUCCGCGCCCGCAGCCUCCGCCUCCCGGAUGGACGCUCUGCCCCGCGGCGGGCUGAACCUGAAGGAAGAGCCGCUCCUGCCCGCAGGCCUGGGUUCGGUGCGCUCCUGGAUGCAGGGCGCAGGCAUCCUGGACGCCAGCACCGCGGCACAGAGCGGCGUGGGCCUGGCACGAGCACAUUUUGAGAAGCAGCCCCCCUCCAACCUCAGGAAAUCCAACUUCUUCCACUUCGUGCUGGCCAUGUAUGACCGGCAGGGGCAGCCCGUGGAGGUGGAGCGCACGGCCUUCAUUGACUUCGUGGAAAAGGACCGAGAACCUGGGGCUGAAAAGACGAACAACGGGAUCCAUUACCGCCUCCGGCUGGUGUAUAACAAUGGACUUCGGACAGAGCAGGACCUCUAUGUGCGUCUCAUUGACUCCAUGUCCAAGCAGGCCAUCAUCUAUGAGGGGCAGGACAAAAACCCGGAGAUGUGCCGCGUGCUGCUCACCCACGAGAUCAUGUGCAGCCGGUGCUGUGACCGGAAGAGCUGUGGCAACCGGAAUGAGACACCCUCAGACCCCGUCAUUAUUGACAGGUUCUUCCUCAAGUUCUUCCUCAAAUGCAACCAGAACUGCCUAAAGAACGCAGGGAAUCCCCGAGACAUGCGUCGCUUCCAGGUGGUGGUGUCCACGACCGUGAGCGUGGACGGACACGUGCUGGCCGUGUCUGACAACAUGUUUGUGCACAACAACUCCAAGCAUGGCCGCAGGGCGCGCCGCCUGGACCCCUCCGAAGCUGCCACCCCCUGCAUAAAGGCCAUCAGCCCGGGGGAGGGCUGGACCACGGGCGGCGCCACGGUCAUUGUCAUCGGAGACAACUUCUUCGACGGCUUGCAGGUCGUGUUCGGGAACGUGCUCGUGUGGAGUGAGCUCAUCACGCCCCACGCCAUUCGGGUGCAGACGCCCCCGCGGCACAUCCCCGGGGUGGUGGAGGUGACCCUGUCCUACAAGUCCAAGCAGUUUUGCAAGGGAGCCCCCGGCCGCUUUGUCUACACAGCCCUGAACGAACCCACCAUUGACUACGGGUUCCAGCGGCUACAGAAAGUCAUUCCCAGACACCCCGGCGAUCCCGAGAGGCUGCCCAAGGAGGUGCUGUUGAAGCGGGCGGCCGACUUGGCGGAGGCCCUGUACGGAGUGCCCAGCAGUAACCAGGAGCUCCUCCUGAAGCGCGCGGCGGACGUGGCCGAGGCUCUGUACAGCGCCCCCCGAGCGCCCGCGCCCCUGGGGCCGCUGGCCCCCAGCACCCCCCACCCCGCCGUCGUGGGCAUCAACGCCUUCAGCAGCCCGCUGGCCAUCGCCGUCGGGGAAGCCACGCCGGGCCCGGAGCCGGGCUACGCGCGCAGCUGCAGCAGCGCGUCCCCCCGCGGGUUCGCGCCCAGCCCCGGCUCGCAGCAGAGCAGCUACGGCGGCGGCCUAGGAGCCGGCCUCGGCGGCUACGGGGCGCCGGGAGUGGCUGGCCUCGGCGUGCCCGGCUCCCCGAGCUUCCUCAAUGGCUCCACGGCCACCUCGCCCUUCACCAUCAUGCCCUCUAGCCCCCCGCUGGCUGCUGCCUCCUCCAUGUCCCUCCCGGCGGCUGCCCCCACCGCCAGCGUCUUCUCCUUCUCACCUGUCAACAUGAUCUCCGCUGUCAAACAGAGGAGCGCCUUUGCCCCCGUGCUGCGCCCACCAAGCUCCCCAACCCAGGCCUGCCCCAGAGCCCACGGAGAGGGGCUUCCAGACCAGCCUUUUGAGGAUUCUGAGAAGUUCCACUCUCCAGCCCGGGGGCUUCAGGGCCUGGCGUACUCCUAAUUACGGUCUGCAGGUCUGGCCCCUGCUGGCCCAGACUGGAGGUCCCACCAGGAUUCACACCCAUGCCCUGGAUGGCAGCACAGACAGAUGCAGGGCCAGGGCUGUGGACAGACCUCAACCCAUGGGCCUGAAUGGGGAGAGGACUUCCUCCCCAUGCUCCCGGCCCUCCACAGGCUUCUUUCACCUCCCUUCCUUGGGGCUGGUCGAAGCCCCAGCACUGUGCUGACGCUUUUGGCAGGAGAGCAUCCCAGGGAGGUGCUGGGAUGUAGGACUUCACACUCCGGACCGGUUCCUGUGGAAGAGAUGGACUUUGUGCAGACCUGAGGCAUCAGGUGACAGGAGCACAGGAAGUGGACUGUGGGAAAGAGGAUAGCUCAGGGAGAGGUGGCCUGGGAAGAUCCCAUUUGUGUCUGGCCCAUCUCGCUGGGCCAGCGCCCACUUCUCUUUAGGGCAAGGGAGAUGUCCAGCAGCCUCAGAAGGCUUGCGCAGGCUCCCAUGGAGCUUCCGAUGGCCGCUUGGCCCAUGGCUGCCCCACUCCCAUCGCAGCCUGCACUCUCACGCUUGCCACAUCAUGAAUCCCAGUGGGGGCUUCAGGCAUGGCAGUGCAGAAGAGGGGGUGCGAGGCCCCUGAAUUAUGGGUCUUCCUCCCAAUAGGUGUCCCAUGGACUCUGACCCACACACACAUGACUCUGCUGGUCCCAUAGAACCAUGGAAGGGGCCCAGCUGCCCCUGGACUCACACUCUGCUCUGUUGGGGUUGGAGAAAACAGAACAAUAAACACAGAUGCGGGUGGCCACCCAGCCUCUCCUGCCUGCUUC